AAGGUACACUGGAUCGACAACAUCAGCACAAGAAAACUCUUGUGGAAGCUGGGCGUCUUUAGACUGCUCAGUAGAAGUGCGGCCAUCGUCUUUUGGCGUCCAGCUCAACAUAUUGCCAGUCUACUUCACCAAUCUGUGGACUACCUUCGCCGAACAAUUCACUCUUUUGCACCAAUUCGAGCCCAUCACAUUCAUUGCUGCUUAACAUGAAGGACUACAGAAAGCUCUGCGUUGAUCGCUGCAAUAGAGCAGUCCGGGGGAUAUGCAACCUUCUCUGGAUCGUCGGUCUCUUCCUUGCGUCUGAGCUGCUCAUCUGGGCCAUUAGCCUCGGUCUCCGGCUGGUGUCCAUCCCUUUCUUUGCUUCCAUCAUCGGCAUGCUCGCCGUCUUCUUCUUGACAACUGGCUUCCAUCUCUUCAACAAGCGCGUCGAAUCCUUCUACAAUGCAUCGCUGAAGCAAAAGAUCAAUUUUAUCAACACACACAUGGCUGUCGGAUUUCCAAUUCCUCUGGUCAUGCUGGAUCAAAGCGAGAUGCUCGAUGCAACACAGAUAGGCUAUAUCAUUGCCAACUUCCUCGUCACCAAUGUGGUGUCGUGGACAGUCACCUUUGCCAUUGGCUUCUUGGCCCUCCACGGCUACGCUAUACUGCACGACAAGUGGGAGGCACGCAGCCAGACUCCUGCUAGCGAGCGACCCCUGAUGGCUCCGCCGCCAGUCAUCAACUUGAGCUUCGUUGGUGAUGGCUCGACAUCGAAUGAGCUGCAUAAUCCCAGCUCCGGGACACCCAGCCCUUUCCGCAACGAGAAUACCCCAGCCACUUCCGUCUUGGACUUGGCUGCACCUCUGAGCGAGUCGACUGCCACAACGAGCAAGGCCCCUUCAUCACGCAGGGAACGCCGAACAACGGUGCACAAGAUUUUCGAACAGUAUCCCAGCCUGCUUGCCAUGUCUUUCCUGUUGGCCAUUGGCGUGCCAGUCGCCGCCGCCAGAGGUGAAGUGCGGGUUCUCGACGGUUGUGCCGUGUGGUUCUCCUGGAUCACGACUGUCAGGAUGCAGAGGCUCUUCAAGACAUCCUCUGCAUGCGCCAAGCGGCCCCGUCUCAAGAACACCAUUGCCACCACACUGAACCCCGUUCUCCUCACGACACUCCUCUUGACGGGCUAUAUCCACUUGCGAGCCGUGGCCAGCCCAUUGUAUGACCUGUCCCAGGUCCAGAAGCUCUUCUCGCGUGGCAACUCUCUCUACGCGGUGUGGACCGCCUCUGUUCUCCAGGAGCCCAUCGCCUCCAAUAAAGGGGCAUAUUUCGGGGCGGGCGAUGCCGCCCUUGCGUUUCUUGAAGUCGGUAUUGUCGUCUGGGGCUUCAAACUAUUCGAAUGCCGCAAGCAGCUGUGGAGUGUUGCCGGCGUUUUCACAGUUACCGUCUCCAUAGGCAUCGCUGCUGCUAAUGUCUUUCUUAGCGUGGGGUCUGCUCACCUCAUCGGCUUGGAUGGCCCCGACUCUCUGUCUUUCGCGGCUCGGAGUGUGACGCUAGCUCUGGCGAAGCCUGCUAUCGAGACGGUAGGGGGGAACCUGGCGGUCAACGCCGCGGUGGUCGUGUCAAAUGGCAUUCUUGGACAACUGGUUUACCCUUUCGUCUUGGAUAGAAUGGGCGUCCGGACAGACAGCGCGGAAAAAGAGGAUGAUAGAGGUCUCAAUGAGCCGGACGAUCCGCUCACUAUUGCCACUGGCAUUGCAAUCGGGAUCAAUGGUGCCGCCAUGGGCGUUGCCUACCUGUAUGGAACCAGAAGCCACGCCGCACCAUAUGCUGCGUUGUCCAUGACGGUCUUUGGCGUGAUGACCGUCGUGUUCACAACUGUUGAACCAUUCAAAGGGGUGGUUCUUAGUCGGUCCGGUAUCUAAGUCAGAAUAAAAAUGUUCGCUUCUUCUUUACAUCCGGCGCUUUGGGAGUUCGGAGGUCUACUCGUGGCGGCCUUGGAGCGCUAGAAACGGAGUUUGGGCGCAGAUAGACUUGCCACUGUAGAUCAACUUUUGACACACACACAUGUCCCAACAUAAUCAGCCUACAUUAAUUUGUGUAGUUACUAAUACGUCAGUGAGCAUUCACGUGGACCUAGAGUCGCGAUGCUACUCUAGCCUGUUCACAGUCAGCAUAGCUCACAGAACAACAUGAUAUGACGAC